CCACAGGAAUGAAGGCGCCAGAGAUGUGACUGCUUUACUUUAUACGCGGCUUCGAACUCCAAGUUAUGCUUCCCCACCUUCCUUACUCCCCUUUUGCACCUCCUCCCCGUCUCUCUCUCUCUCAUUCGUGGAUCUCGCGAUCUCGCCGCCGGUGAUGAGAUGGCUUCCUUGGAGAAGCCGCUUCCCUCGACGCGCCCCGCCGCCCGCUUCCGAUCCUCGCUAUCCCCCGCCUCCGAGAGACGCCCGCGGAUGCGGCCCAGGUUCGUUUGUCUCUCCUCCAAGAUCGAGUACCAGCACUGGGCGCUCGCGGUCGUCGCCUUCUUCCUCGUCGUGCUGCUGUACCAGGCCUUCCUCCCCAGCUCCCCCGUCGCGGAUCGGUCCCCGGGGCGUCUCUCGGCGAGUGCCCUCGUCGGUACUGCGGGGGUCGGUGACUUGGACUUCGGCGACGGCAUCAAGUUCGUCCCCCAGAUGCUCUUUGAACUGGAGCGGGAGAAGCAGGAGGAAGCGAAUAGUUCGGCUCUGGCCUCCCGAAGGCGCGUGAAGCGGUUCCAGCUGCGGAAGCCGAAGCUUGCGCUGGUUGUUCCCGAUCUGUCGCCGGAUGCCUUGCAGCUGAAGAUGGUCAGUAUCGCGGUUGCUCUGAAAGAAUGUGGAUAUGAUAUCCAGGUUUUCUCAUUCAGUGAUGGGCCUGCUCACAUGGUUUGGCGAGCCAUGGGAAUCUUUAUUGUAAUUUUCCCUUCCAUCCUGAAUCCUGGAGCAAAUAUAGAUUGGUUUGAAUAUAGUGCCAUUCUUGUGAGUUCUAUGGAGGCAAGUCCCAUAUUUUCAAGUCUUUUGCAGGAGCCUUUCAAAUAUAUUCCUGUAAUAUGGAACAUUGAAGAAGCUUCUGUAGCCUUUCAUUUAAAUGUAUAUUCUUCCGAAGUGCAGUUGCAUUUCGUUAAUGAUUGGAAGCAAGAUUUCGCUAGAGCUACUGCUGUAGUUUUUCCAACCCAUUCUUUGCUGAUACCAUAUUCAGCAUUUGAUAUGGGAAACCAUAUUGUUAUUCCUGGUUCUCCUGCCGAAGCAUGGGAAGCAGAUACUUUUCUGGCCAGAUAUAAAGGUCAAUUGUUGAAAGAGAGUUUGGGGUAUAUGCCAGAGGACUUUCUUAUUACUGUUAUUGGCAGCCAGUUUUCAUAUAGUGGAAUGUUACUCGAACAUGGCCUUGUCUUGGAAGCAUUAAAACCGCUGCUCCAGCAGUUUCUUUCCUCAAACACAUCUUAUUCCCUGAUGAAAGUUUGCAUUUAUGGUUGGAACUUCACUAGUUCCUACAAGAAGGCUGUUGAGGCUAUUGCACAAAAGGCCGGCUAUUCAAGUAGCCUGGUUGAGCAUAUUGUUAUUAGCGAUGAUCCUAAAUAUCUUGGUUCAGCAAACCUAGUAAUAUAUGGAUCAUUUUUGGAGGAGCAAUCUUUUCCAAGUAUUCUAAAGCAUGCUAUGUGUCUGGGGAAGCUUAUCGUUGCUCCAGAUCUGGACAUGAUUAGGAAAUAUGUUGAUGAUCAAGUGAAUGGGUAUCUUUUUCCAAAGGAGAACAUUCAUAUGCUUACUCAGAUUUUACUUAAUGCAAUUUCCAAAGGAAAAUUGUCUUUAUUUGCUCAGAGAAUUGCAUCUGUAGGAAAAAGUCAUGCCAGAAACCUUAUGGCUGCUGAAGCAAUUCAAGGCUACAUAUCCUUGCUCGAAAAGGUCAUCACGUUUCCUUCUGAUGUUCUAUAUCCUAAGGCUGUCGAACAAAUACCUCUAAGAUUGAUGGAGCAAUGGCAAUGGGAAUUAUUUGCCAAUGUAAGUGAGGAAGGCUUGCUCAAUAGUAGUUCUCGAAGCAGUACAUUUUUAAAGAAUCUUGUGGAGAAGUGGAAUAAUAGUCAUACAAAUAACUCUGCCCAUUCUUAUGCCGAUGCUGAUGGAACAUGGAACCCAAUUGAUUGGGAGGAAGAGAAAAAGACUGAGAUGAUGAUCGCUGAAGAUAGAUUAGAGGAGUUGGACAGAGAUGACCAGCCACAUGGAACAUGGGAUGAGAUUUACAAAUAUGUCAAGAAAGCUGAAAGGCUGAAAAAUGAAUUGAUUCAAUCGAAGGAAAGAGAUCACAGGGAGCUGGAGCGGACAGGUCAACCUUUAUGUAUAUAUGAACCUUAUUUUGGUGAGGCGACUUGGCCAUUUCUACAUCAGACGUCACUUUAUCGUGGAAUCAGCCUUUCUUCUAAAGGCCAGAGAUUGGAAACUGAUGAUAUAGAUGCUUCUUCUCGUCUCCCACUUCUUAGCAAUCCAUAUUACAGAGACGCACUUGGUGAUUAUGGAGCAUUCUUUGCUUUAGCUUACUUAAUUGACAGUGUGCACAAAAAUGCUUGGAUUGGUUUUCAAUCUUGGAGAGUUUCUGCAAGAAAGGCCAGCUUAUCUAGAGAAGCUGAGACAGCGCUUAUAAGGGCCAUUGAAGAAGAAAUCCAUGGUGAUUCACUUUACUUUUGGUUUGCAAUUGAUAAAGAUCCCAGAAAUUCUGAGAAAAUGGAUUUUUGGACAUUUUGUGAUGCUAUAAAUGCUGGAAAUUGCAGGACUGCUGUAAUUGAGGCUUUUCGAAGGAUGUAUGGUUUAGGAGAUGAUUGGAACCAUUUGCCGCUGAUGCCUGAUGACGGUGAUUCAUGGUCUAUAAUGCAUAGCUGGGCUUUACCGACACCGUCUUUCCUUGAGUUUGUCAUGUUCUCAAGAAUGUUCGUCGAUGCAUUGGACAGGGAGAUGUAUGAAGAGCAUCAUCGAAGUGGGUACUGCUACCUGAGCACUUCUAAGGACCGGCAUUGCUACAGUAGACUGCUGGAGCUACUCGUGAAUGUAUGGGCAUACCACAGUGCUCGGCGGCUCAUAUAUGUAGACCCGGAAUCUGGAUCAAUGCAGGAACAUCAUCGUCUGGAGAACAGACGAAACAAAAUGUGGAUCAAGUGGUUUUCUUACUCAACACUGAAGGGCAUGGAUGAGGAUCUAGCAGAAGAGGCAGACUCUGAUCCUCCGAACUGGAGAUGGCUGUGGCCGGCCACCGGUGAGGUCUUCGGGCAAGGCGUGCACGAUAGGGAGAUGAUCAUGCGGCAAAGCGAAAAAGAAAGAAAGAAAAGAGAGACCAAGGAGAAGAUUCAACGAAUGAAGAAACGGGCCCGGCAAAAAUCGAUAGGGAAGUACAUAAAACCUUUACACGAUAAAACCAGUGAUUCAAACGCAUCCAAAACUGUAUGAUACCACACAAAAUUCAUCAUUCUUUUCGUUGUUACUACUGUCAUUUUGGUUUUUACACAAAAAAUAUUUACGAUUCCAGAAAUGAUUACUCAUUUCUUCUAGAUCCUGUUUGUUAUAUAAAAAAACUAAUGAUGGUAUUAUUUUUAAUUAAUAAGUUUA